CUUUAAAAGUGGUUAAAGAUGAUGAAGUAAAGGCAGCAAGAUUCUACAUAUUGUUGAAGAUAAGAAAUUGGAGAAGUUUGAAUUUAUUGGAAGAGAAAAGUGUUGAUUUUGUAGUAGUAUUAAAGUUGCCAAGAACAAUAAAAAGCAAGUUAAAAGAAGUUACUUGUUGA